AUGAAGCGGAUUGUUGCAAUCCUGCUAAGCAACCUCUUGUGUACAAGUGCAAAGGACUGUGAAGCCGGCUGUGGGAUCUCAUUGUUGCAAACUCAGCUCCGCCUUGGCCGGACGGCGCCGGUCUUGAAACCGGUGGGUCGGAGCUUCUUCUCCGAAAACCCGGCCAACUCGGCGAAUUGGUGGCUGAGGUAUACGACCGCGAAGCCCAUCUCAGGUGGAGAAACUGUGGGUUGGAGCCAAAGCUCCGAGAGUGCAGCUGUCCUGGUGGACCGAACUACGCAAAGCGGGCUCGAGGGAGUCGAAACGUUGUACUUCCUGAAAUCCGCGGACUGGCAAAGUUCUGGGAAGCUCGGGAUGAAGGAUUUCGUCCAGGCCGCCAACCUGUCCUGGAGGUCUGUGAUGGAGCGAGACCGGGCGUACACCCCGUGGGUGGACUUUCAUGACGGCCACUGGGUGGAGACUCUUCGCUUCGACCGGCUUGAGGCGGACAUGCUCCCCUUCCAAGUUUACCCCCUGGGCUUCGUGGGCAGAGGUUACGUGCCGCACACCACCUUGACCAUGGAGUGGCUGGGCCCCAUGCGGCCCCACUCCGAGCAGUACGCCAAGAUGGUCGGCUUCGAGCAGCCGGACAAGUGCCGCGACAUCAGCAAGGACCGGAUUCCAGAGGUCACCUUCUGGAAGAGCACCUUCGCAGUUCUCAACGCCUCGGCGGCCAAGGACUUUGCCGUGGACCUGCUGCAAGCGGAGGAGGUGGCCCCGAAUCCCUUUCCGUGGCCCAGGCAGCCCGACUGCAUUGCGGUGCAAUGGGUCGCCUUGCCACAGGCCUUCGGAACAUUUCAACUCCAUUUUGUGGAGGAUUUUGUCUAUGACACGGUUCUUCACGGCAUCCCUGAAUAUCUCCAGCACCAGCGCGAGUUCUUAAAGACGGGGACGACAGAAUGCAUCAACAGCUUCAUGCUCAACAAUCUCAUUCUGGAGACCAGCUCACUUGACCCUUUUGCCCGACGUUUGGAGGAACUCUCGGUUCCCUAUUUUGCUUUUGAGAUCAAAGAGAGAUAUGCCCUCCUCUUCUCAUUUCCGGGAAAUGAGGGUGUGACUCUACAGCUUCAAAGCGCUCAUCUGAGCCAUGUUGUGCCACGGCCUGUGCAGAUUUGCACAUAG